UCAAAUCAAACAAAAACCCCUCCCAUUUGGAGGAAACACGCACGCACAGAGACAAAACUUGCGAAGCUAAUAUCGAUUUUUCCGGCGGAUACCACAGAUAUAUAUUUCCUCCAAGACCUUAAACCUCCAUAGGAAAACCCGAUCCACUCCAUUUAGAGAAGAUCCCAAUUCAAUUGAUUUGAUAUUUCCGUAUUUGAUUGAUGGCUCCGGUUUCAGCUCUCGCGAAGUAUAAAUUAGUGUUCUUAGGAGAUCAAUCGGUCGGAAAAACUAGUAUUAUCACAAGAUUCAUGUACGAUAAAUUCGAUAACACUUAUCAGGCUACUAUUGGCAUUGACUUCCUCUCAAAGACCAUGUACCUUGAAGACCGAACAGUAAGAUUGCAGCUUUGGGAUACUGCUGGACAAGAAAGAUUUAGGAGUCUAAUUCCAAGCUAUAUAAGGGACUCUUCUGUUGCAGUCAUUGUAUAUGAUGUUGCAAACAGGCAAUCUUUCCUCAACACUUCAAAGUGGAUUGAGGAGGUUCGCACUGAGAGAGGCAGUGAUGUCAUCAUUGUGGUCGUUGGCAAUAAAACUGACCUAGUGGAUAAGAGGCAAGUCUCAAUAGAGGAAGCAGAGGCCAAAGCUCGUGAACUAAAUGUCAUGUUUAUUGAAACGAGUGCCAAGGCUGGCUUCAAUAUAAAGGCGUUAUUUCGCAAGAUUGCUGCAGCGUUGCCAGGAAUGGAGACUCUAUCCGCAGCAAAGCAAGAGGACAUGGUUGAUGUCAACCUCAAGUCGAGCAACACAAAUGCGUCUCAGUCACAACAGUCAGGAGGAUGCUCCUGUUGAUUGAAGGCCUUUUUAUAAUGCAUUAUUAUGUUUCGUCUUCAACCCUUCAAUCCGGCUGUAAAGUUCUUCCGUCUCCUUGCUUGCAUUUGAAUUUACGAUGUAGUUCACUAUUUAUGUGUGAUCGGUUACCUGUAUCACUUUGUGGGCCUGUAGUUAUCGAGGCUUUAGAUAGAUUUUUUUUUAUCAGCGAGUUAUACUUUCUAGUGGCAUAACAUCACACAUGGUGUCUUUUGAGAUUCUUUACAGGAAAGUUUGAUUUGAAAUUUUCAAUAAAGCUGUGUUUCAGUUUCUUAUUUGA